CCUCUCAAUAAACAUCAUCUUCAGUCUCAAAGCAGUCCACAUAGCUCAGCGUUUGCGUUUUAUAGUUUAGGCGGAAGUUUGGACAUCAGGAAGUCUGCAAUUGAGCUCGAUGAUCUCAAGCAUGACAAGUUUAGGAAUGUCAUCAAGAAUGCUGUUUACGAGUCGAUGCAUAUAUCAAGCAGCUUUGAAGACGAUACCAAGGACAACCGGGCGUUUGAAUACUUGCCACUCCAGGGCGUUCAGUAGCCAUGGGAUCCUCGGUAUGGCAGUGAAACCAGCCGGGACAUCCAGUCCUAGUCGGGACCGGCCACCAAGAACAAAGCCAGGGUCGAAUCCAGAAUCAGUAAAGACGAAUGACCUCAGAAGGACAGUGAUGGAAGAGGUGGCGAUCCCUGGGAAGUUUCGCAUGUAUUUCAAGCCAGACAAACGUGCGAUCCGUCAAGCUGGCCUUUAGCAACCGAUCGAUCAAGAUCACCCAAGAGAAUCAAUGCAGCAAAAGGGAAGAAUGCUCAGGAGAGCCAGAUCAGGAGCACCGAUGAUACUACCGACCAACCUCAGCAAGAAGCAGCGGGCUCGGAUGGUACGGCGUCCUCGAAAGCUCGGGGGUUCGAAAAUGUUGGAUGGAGGGCAUUAGAGCA